AUGGCUAGCCCACCUGUGCUAGCCUUCGAUGCUGAGGGCCGCCCAGUGAAGUUCGACACCUGGCUUGAUGACCUACACCUCUUCUUACAGCUCACUGCCAAGGAAGACAUCUCGCUGUACGAUCAUGCCUUAGGCCACGCUACUGCUCCUGCUGCUACUGCUGACAGCACUGCCCGCUCACAGUGGCAGACUCGUGACGCCCAUGCUCGCUUCGCUAUUCGCAACUCUCUGCCGAUAGAUGAGCGCGAGCACUUUGGGCAGCACAAGACUGCACAGGCACUGUACACUGCUGUCGUUGCCCGCUACUCCUCACCGGCCUCUGCCGCUCUAGGCCGUCUCUCUCUUCCCUACUUGUUCCCCGACUUAGCUUCCUUCCACACUGUCGCUGAUCUCAUUACCCACCUCCGCACUAGUGAGGCUCGCUUCCGCGCCGCUAUGCCUGAUGAGUUCCUUGCCAAGAACCCACCCCCGCUCUGGCUCACUCUCUACCACCUAGUCACGCGCCUCCCUGACACUCUGCGCUCAGUCAGGGACCACUUCCUAGCUCGCUGCCCCACUGAGCUCACCGUUGCCCUCCUCGAGAAGGAACUCCUUGCAGCUGAGGCUAGCAUAGUCGCUGUAGGUGCCUCUCGCGGUGACCCCCGUACCCCGUUCUUUGAGGGGUGUUCUCCCUCCCCCCUUUUUCCCUCUGUCGCCUCUGCUGCUGCUGUCGACCUCCUUGGUGCUGAGAAGGUCGGGACUGCGUCUGCUUCGAGUGGGCGCCGCAGCGGCAAGGGCAAGGGGGGCAAGGGCGGUGGUGGUGACAGCGGGGGUGGCGGUGGUGGGGGAGGUGGUAAUGGCGGGGGGGGUGGCGCGGGUGGGGGAGGUGGCAGCAGUGGGGGGGGUGGCGGCAGCGGCGGGGGAGGUGGCCGGGGCGGAGGAGGUGGUGGGGGUGGCGGUGGACGAGGCAGCGGCCGGGGUUGGGGUGGUCGAGGAGGUGGUAGCGGUGGUGGUGGUCGUGGAGGCACUGGCGGUGGCCAGGGCCAGCAGCACACUCCGACGCCCCAGAAGGUCCGUGAGUGGUACUCUCAGCAAGGGGGGGGGGGUGGCCUUAGCUGCACGUACGUCAUUCGCACUUGUGACCGCACUGGCCAGCCGUGUGGGGGACCGCACGCCACACAGCGUUGCUUCGCUCGACUGAACGACGCUUGGCGUGUUCAGUUCCCUCAGGCCACUGAGCUGCCCCGCUGGGUUGAUCUCCUAAAGAAGGGGAUUGAUAUUUAUGCUCUAGACUUUGAUGCUAUUCUCACUGCCAUGUAUGUGAUGUCUACUAGUGGAGAGGGUGCUGAGUACCUGAGUGUCCCGCCCGACCCGGGCAUUAGGACUACUGCGUCUGCCGCUCCAGGUAUUCGCGUGUCCGCUACCCCAGGUGCUGGUGAGGCUGCUGCUCUAGGUGCGUGUAUGUCUGCCCCCCCUAGUACUGUGUCGACUGCAGCACUGCACACCUUCACACUGGAUUCAGGUGCCUCUCGCUGUUUCUUUCGUGACCGCACUGCCCUUGAGCCCCUUGCUCGGCCAGUUGCUGUCUCCCUCGCUGACCCCUCUGGGGGUCCGGUCCUUGCGACCUCCUCCACUGUCCUUCCCUGUCCUGCGGUCCCGUCGGGCACACUGUCAGGUCUCCACCUCCCCUCGUUCUCUACGAACUUGGUGGCAGGUUGUGCACUACAGGACGCGGGUGUUCACCAGUUCACCCCUGCCUACGAGCGUGUCACACACUGCACGUGUACCCGUACAGGCCGCCACUUGGCUACCUUCACCCGGCAGCCGGGGUCGGACCUGUACACACUGACUACUGCCCCCCCUCAGGUCGCUGCGUCUGCAUCUGCGUCCGCGUCAGGGUCCUCCCUCCCCUCCCACCCUCGCCCGCUCCUCCCUGUCUUCCCUGUGUCGAGGGGCGGCAGCGCGCCGCUCCUCACUCCUCCUCGUUUCCCCCUGACGACUGCUCCUUUGCAGACGCUCCACAUGGACGUGUGGGGCCCAGCCCGCGUCCUUGGUCAGGGUGAGGAGAGGUACUUCCUGAUCGUUGUUGACGACUACUCGCGCUACACCACGGUCUUCCCCUUGCGCACCAAGGGUGAGGUCCCUGAUGUUUUGAUCCCUUGGAUCCGCAGAGCUCGUCUCCAGCUCAGUGAGCGUUUCCGCUCGGACUUUCCUGUCCUGCGCUUGCACUCUGACAGAGGUGGUGAGUUCUCCUCCGACCUCUUGGCAGCCUACUGUGCUGAGCACGGCAUUGAGCAGUCGUUCACGCUUCCGGCCUCUCCACAGCAGAAUGGGGUUGCUGAGCGCCGCAUUGGCCUGGUCAUGGAGGUCGCUCGUACCUCCUUGAUCCAUGCGGCUGCCCCCCACAAUCUGUGGCCGUUUGCGGUCCGGUACGCUGCGCAUCAGCUCAACCUCUGGCCCCGUGUCUCCUUGCCGGAGACCUCGCCCACACUGCUAUGGACGGGGGAGGUUGGAGAUGCGUCGCGUUUCCGGGUCUGGGGAUCUCGAGCUUUUGUCCGCGAUUCGUCUGCGGACAAGCUCUCCUCUCGUGCUGUUCCCUGCGUCUUCCUCGGCUUUGUUUCGAACGCGCCUGGUUGGCAGUUUUAUCACGCCACCUCGCGACGGGUCUUGCCCUCUCAGGACGUCACUUUUGACGAGUCUGUCCCCUACUACCGCCUCUUCCCCUACCGCACUGCCCCGCUCCCACCCCCGCCUCUCUUCCUCGCGCCAGGUGCUGCUGUCGUAGACCCCCUCCCCCCUCAGGGUGCCGCUCCCUCAAGUGUGUCUCAGGUAGACCCGGUCGAGCCUGUUGAGGCGCACUACAGGGACUGGUGCUGGUACUUCUCCUCCUAG